AGGCGCAGCCACUGCCCCCAGUCUGCGUGUCCCCCAUGAGGGGCAUGUGGCGGAACGAGAAGGUGGCGCUGUAUUGCGACGAGGUGCUGGAGGGCUGUAAGGCAGAAGAUGCUGAUGAGGCUAUGAGUAAAUACCUGUCAGAAAAAUUAAAGUUGAAAGACAAAUGGCUUGGAGUCUGGAAGACUAAUCCUGAACUAUUCUUUGUCAAAUAUGAAGAAGCUUCCAUCCCUUUUGUUGGUAUACUGGUUGAGGUAACUUGUAAACCACACCAAAGCUCAUCGUCUUGUUUCAAAGUUACUGUUUCUGUUGCUGAGCCUUUUUCUUCUAACAUUUCAAAUAUUCCAAGGGAUUUGGUUGAUGAGGUUUUAGAAGAACUAGAGUAUAAUGUGCCUCUCUUGGAAGUGUACCCUGUUGAACGACAAGAUUCUGAUUCACAGGAUAUUGCUUUGGCCUUGGAAGUUGUAAGGUUUUUCUAUGACUUCCUUUGGAGAGACUGGGAUGAUGAAGAAAGUUGUGAGAAUUAUACCGCUUUGAUUGAAGAAAGAAUUAAUUUGUGGUGUGAUAUACAGGAUGGAACAAUACCGGGUCCUAUUGCACAACGUUUCAAAAAAACUCUGGAGAAAUAUAAAAAGAAGCGUGUGGAGCUCAUUGAGUAUCAGAGCAAUAUUAAAGAAGACCCCUCUGCGGCAGAGGCUGUUGAAUGCUGGAAAAAAUACUACGAGAUAGUAAUGCUCUGCGGAUUAUUGAAGAUGUGGGAAGAUUUACGCCUCCGAGUUCAUGGACCUUUCUUUCCAAGAAUUCUGAGGCGUAGGAAAGGAAAAAGAGACUUUGGAAAGGCUAUAACACACAUUGUAACAAAAGUGAUGACUACUGACAUGGUAAAGGACUUACCUUCAGACACACUUCUCCAACAGCAUGAUGAUUUGGACUUGGCUUUGGAUAGCUGUUAUGGUGGAGAUACAGUAGUGAUUUUUCCAGGAGAAUAUCAAGCUGUAAAUCUUGCUUUAUUGACUGAUGACAUCGUUAUAAAGGGAGUUGGAAACAGAGAGGAAAUUAUCAUUACUUCUGAACCUUCUCAUGACAGUUUCGUGGUGUCCAAAGCUGAUAAUGUGAAAAUAAUGAAUCUAUCCUUGAUACAGCAGGGGACAGUUGAUGGUAUUGUGGUGGUGGAGUCUGGUCACAUGACUCUAGAAAACUGUGUAUUAAAAUGUGAAGGAACAGGAGUAUGUGUUCUUACAGGGGCUGCUUUGACAAUUACAGACAGUGAGAUAACUGGUGCCCAGGGUGCUGGUGUUGAACUGUAUCCUGGGAGCAUAGCCAUUUUGGAAAAGAAUGAAAUUCAUCACUGUAAUAACCUCAGAACUGGUGACAGUUCAAAAAGCACCUUAGGUGGAGUUAAUAUGAAGGUUCUUCCUGCACCCAAACUAAAGAUGACUAAUAAUCAUAUUUACAACAACAAUGGCUAUGGAGUAAGCAUCCUUCAACCAACUGAGCAGUUUUUUAUUGUAGCUGAAGAAGCCCUCAACAAAGGGGCUGCUUUGGGAGAUAAAAAAGAUGAAAAUAUGCUCUCCAAAGUAAUGCAAAACCUGAAUCUGGAAAUGAAUAAUAAUAAAAUUGAAGCAAACUUAAAGGGGGAUAUUAGAAUAGUUACAAGUUAAAGAUCUGGAUUUAUGUUCAAGUUUUAUAUUUCUGAUAUUUCUUUAAUCUCAACUCCCACAAAAGUGGUAGUUUUAAUUAAGUUCAAAACUUAUUUAAUUAAAAAAUCUUUAAA